CAGGCGGCGGGAAGCAACCGAGACCUCCAUGCCUAAGGUAUCGUUAUGUCCAUGUCAUGCCUGUAUUCUGAGUACUUCCGUGGAAAGCUCUAUCCGUACGUAAUACGGAGUACAGAGUACAGAGUUGAGCUGCAGAGACAACCUAAAGCCAGGCACCUAAUCCAGUCUCUGGCCACCUUAGGGGUAUGGGUAUCAUGUGUCCGUUCUUCUCAAAAGUAUCUCAUAAGUAUUUGCCAAACCUCUCUAUCCCCUCCAUAUCAAUUCAAAUGCUCUCAUAUCUUCAUUUCAGCAUCUCUUUUUGUCUUCUUUUUCUUUUGUCUUCUUUUUCUUUUCUUUCACCUGCUCGUCAUCCGUCUCCGCUGUCUCCCCUCCUUCGAAGACACGGCCUGAACAUGGCAACGUCCGCAGAAUAAAUCAAACCCCCGUCCCCCAGGAAACCCGCCCAUCCAUCAUAUCC